UUUGUCGUCAUUUGCCAGCUCCAGCUUCGGGUAUUAUCGCUCAGCCCUCUGCUUCUCCGCACUCUGCGCGCAUCAGCUGAUCCGUCACGUGGUCUGGCGUCGUGGGUGAAGGUUUGCAAAAUGGAGUUGUCUGAGUCUGUGCAGAGAGGACUACAGUCUCUCGCCGACGCGUCCGCCUUCGACCAGAGCAGCUUCCCGGUGCUGGUGGACGUGUCUUUCCGGAGUCUGCUCUCCUCUCACGCCGACCCUGCAGUCCUCGAUCAUCCCGAGCUGAAGCAGAUCGACCAGAUCUUGCUCAAACAAAGUCACACUGCAGCGACCACCUUCAUACUGGAGGCGGUCAAACAAAAUGCCGACAAGUCGACGAUAAGCUCCUCCCUUGACGAACUCACAUUCAGUGCAGAGAGAAUAGAAAUAUUCUAUAGCACAUAUCAGGUGCCAGUUCAAACACUGUUGCAUUUAUUAAAUCUGAUGUUUUUUUUUCCCUUCUAACUGCGGCUGACUUGCCUGUAACUCGUCGAUGCAUGCUCUGCUUUACAGAAACAUAAAAAAGAACUGGAGCGUUUGUUAGCAAGCAUAGGAAAGUCUCUGCCUCAGAUUAACGACGUUUCAUGGCGUCUGCAAUACCACAUGAAGAACGGACAGGUCGAUAAGGUCAACGAGCCUUUCUACUCCAUUUCAUUGAACACUGAGAAUGAAGGAUCAUCGGAAGAUAUCAACUUCACCUGCACCAUGGAGCAGCUACAGGAUUUGGUGGGAAAGCUCAAAGACGCUGCCAAGAGUGUGGAGAAAGCCAGUCAGAUGCUUUCUAAAGCGUUCUGCAUCCACCUCAGCCGAAAGUUCAAAGCUCUUCAGCUGAAGCACCACGGCGGGCAAAGUUGUCGGUGCCGAAGUGGGAGCCUUCCCGAGCCGAAGCCGGACGACUGGUAUCUCUUGAAGCCGCGGAUCGGAUACGCACACGGCGCGCAGGCGGCGAGGAAGAGAGGAGUUUCAUUCGCACAUCUGAAAUGCGCUCCGGUCCGCCGUGCGCUCUCCGCCACUGACAGCGUCUGCAGCCUGCUUCAAGAUGGCGGCUCGACUCCUAUUCAUUUUCUGCUGAUCGCCUCCCAACUUUCAUUGUCUAUUCGCCUGAAGACCCACCGAUUUCCAGCCGAGCCUCCAGGAUUGUUGUUCCUGUCUGUCAACAUGCAUCGGACGACCAGGAUAAAGAUCACUGAGCUCAACCCUCACCUCAUGUGCGUCCUGUGCGGAGGAUAUUUCAUAGACGCAACCACCAUCAUCGAAUGUCUCCACUCAUUUUGCAAGAUGUGCAUUGUGCGCUACCUGGAAACCAGCAAAUACUGUCCAAUCUGUGAUGUACAAGUGCAUAAAACCAAGCCUCUGCUCAACAUUAGGUCUGACAAAACUCUACAGGACAUUGUGUACAAGCUGGUCCCCGGUCUCUUCAAAAAUGAAAUGAAGAGGAGGAGAGACUUUUAUGCGGAUCACCCUGUAGAUGCCUCUAAUGGAUCAAAUGAGGAUCGUGGUGAGGUGGCAGAUGAGGACAAGAGAAUUAUUACAGAUGAUGAGAUCAUCAGCCUCUCUAUUGAGUUUUUUGACCAGACCAGACUGGGAGGUGUAGUGGAAGACAAGCCGUCUAAAGAUCAGGUGGCUAACAAGAGGUAUCUGCAGUGUCCAGCAGCCAUGACAGUCAUGCACCUGAGGAAGUUUCUGCGUAGCAAAAUGGACAUCCCAAGUACCUACCAGGUUGAAGUCAUGUAUGAAGACGAACCUCUGAAAGAUUACUACACGUUAAUGGAUAUAGCAUAUAUCUACACUUGGAGAAGAAAUGGCCCUUUGCCGCUGAAGUACAGAGUCCGACCCAACUGUAAGAAGAUGAAGGUGAGCCACGCGCAACAGGAAGGCCAGAACAGCGCGAGCAGAUCCGGUCCCGAGAGCGACUCCGCCAGCGACAAAGCCGGGAGUCCCGCCGGGGCUCCUUCCACGUCUUCGUCGCUGCCCAGCCCCGGCACGCCUGCGCAGUCCCCGCACCCGCAGCUUCCGCACGGCCCAAAUAACGUCAACGGGACCCCGGCCGCUGCCCCACCGACCCCCAGUCGCCCUUUCACGCAGUGCGGCGGCGGCGGCGGCGGCGGCGGCAAACCCCGGAAGGUUGCUCUGAACGGCUCGUCGACCUCCUCCGGAUGACGUGGGGCUCCGGACUGAACCGGACCAGCCAACGCCAGACACCCGCUCAGCUAAUAGGCCUACUGUUUUCAUGCCAACGUAGUUCCAUUGUGUAGACAAUGUUAUCUAUCUUUUUCUCCGUUUGUUGUUAUAAAUAUUAUGGCAUCAUAUGUAAGUUUAGCGGAACCAGAGACAUUUCCAAAAUAAAAGGAACGAGAAGGUCGGGUGGAGUGGGAUUUUUAUUUUUAAAUAUCGAAGCAGAUUUUGAUGUUGACAAAAAAAAGGAAAGUUGGAAACAGUUGGACAAGCAUUUAUCCCCUUUUUUAAAAGCUACAUCUUUAUUUUACAGAAGUGACUGAAGACUGAUAGACUUUUAUAUUUUCUUUUCAAAUGAAACGUGUUUUAUCAUGAUUAUUUCAUGUGUGUUGGGAUAUUUUUGAAGCCGUCGAGUUUAAACAUGCAUGCUCAUGAUAACACUUUUUUCGGAUUUUAUUUCGUGAAAGCGGAUUCUGCGUGUUUCCCCCCACAACUCUCAUUGUGUCGGGUCUGUGGAAGUGUUUCAGGCAUCGACUAUUUUCAACGAAAGGAAAAUAUCUUUGUGUAGCGCUGCUUCACGAAAAAAUGCCUAUGGAGGAAAAACUUUAAUAUUGCCUUUUUACUGGAAAAAAAAACAGUUUCUUGUAGCUGCAGUGGAAUCGGAUUGCUUAUGCUCCACGUCUUUAACAUGGUAUAGGCUAAGCAGUUUUUGGCGAAUCCACAUGUAAAUAGAAACAAAAUGCAUAUUUAAUCAGCGAUGAUGUUAUUCUCUUAUUCCCCUUUCUUCUGAGGGAAUGACUUGGGCUCCUGUUCAGCUCCAUUUCAUGCUCAAUGACAGAUGUUUUGAUGUCUCAAAUGUUGUGUUUUCCGUAUUUGUAUCGCUCGAUUGUAUGGACAACUUAUUGUAUUGUUACUGUUGCACAGUAUAAAACAUCUAAAUAAAACAUUUUACACUUAA